AUGAUAUUUUGGGCUCCAUUUCUACGUUUCGUUCAGCAAACGUCAGCAAUUAUAGCGUUCUUUACAAACGCUCUGUUGAUCUGGUUGAUUGUCAAUAAGUCUCCAAAAGCAAUGUUUUCAUACAAACACAUUAUGGUUUUUACGUCGGUUUUUGAGAUAUUCUAUGCCAUGAUUGACUUGUUGAUUGGACCGGAGCUAAUAACAAAAAGUACAUAUUGGAUUGCUGAAACCGAUUCUACGAAAACAUGGUUACCUCUGUCUAUUGUCUAUCCACUUUUGCUUGCCUGGGGAGGGUCAUUCGGAAUCGCUUUAGCUAGCUUCAUUGUCCAUUUCAUGUUCCGGUAUUUCACACUUGUCGGAAACAAGAAGUUGGUUUCCGGAAAGAGUUUCAUGUUAUACAUCUGGCUGAGUAUUCCCAUUAUUUCCGGUAUCAUGUACGCUGUGUUGACUCAUAUAUUUCUACAAGAAAAUGAAUUAAUGGACACUCUGAUAAGCACAGAAAUAAAGUCACUCCGAUAUGUUCAUAAAAACGAGAUGUUGUAUUAUGGAUUCAGUUUGUAUGCGACACUUCCAAAUGUAGAAAUUCAAGAGAUACAUUGGAAACAUGUCAAUGGAAUUUCAUUUAUUGGGACUUGUAUUACAUUCUCAUUCUUUGCAAUGACAUUUUUUGCGGUCAAAGGGUACUCGGCAAUUAAAAAACUCAACGAUUCGAAUACAAACUCUUCAUCUCUUUCAAAAGCCCUUCAAUCCCAACUAUUCAAUUCUUUGGUCAUACAAACUGCGAUUCCAGUCAUUUUAAUUCAUGUACCAUCUACAAUGAUUCUCAUCUGCUCUUUCAUGAACACAACUGAAGAAGUGUACGGACAUGUUUUCACUGUGGCAGUCUCUUUGUUUCCGGUUAUUGACCCGUUGCCAAGUAUGAUUAUUAUUCAACCAUACCGCAGAGCUAUUAAAACGUGCUUCAGACCCGAAGCCUCAACUCAAAACUCAGCUGUAAUGAGAGUAAAUCCCAAGUCUCUCAAUAUCACGUCAAGAGUUGUUACUUUCUAA